GAGUAGUGAUGCAGUUCCAGAACGAAUGUCAGAUUGUUUCUUUUAUCGAAACUUGUGGUGAGACAAGGGAGAAUUUAGCGAAAAAGCAAAGUGGGAAGAAAUUACCUUAUGUGCUUGCUACGAAUAUCACCAUAGAAGAUUAUGAAGAACGUACAAAAAAAUUUAAUAUACAUAGUUGUUGGGAGUGGGUAGAAGGAAAUAUCGUAAUCUAUGAAGUUCCUUCUAUGCCACACGAAAUUGGCAUCAGUGCAAUUGUCAAAGAAAUAAUGGAUGCUUGUAGACCUGUUAAAGGGACACCUUUUCAGAUUUAUAGUAUUGGAUCUACUAGAAUACGUGACAGAAACUGUGAAAAAGAAGCUGAUGCAUCGUUUUGUCCAAAAAAGCCAGCUGUAACUACGCUAAAUAGGAGCGAUGGAAAUGAUAAUCCUUGGCCAAAUUUGGUAGUGGAAGUGGCCUAUACUGAAACAUUAGAUCACGUUGAAGAAGCCUUGAAAUAUUGGUUGAGUCUUGGUCGUGCCCAUGAUUGUAUUAUUGUAAAAAUAGAUCCAGUUCCCCAAGGCCAAGUUUCUGUCCGUAUGAGGGCUUGGCACUACUGUGUAUCAGAUAGAAGAACUAGAAACAAUAUUCCGGCUAGAACUAUGUUCGAAUUUGGAACACAAAAUGGCACUAGAAUAGCAUUGAAUAUUUUGCAAG